CCACUGUGAUGCGUGUGUUUUUGUUAUUGUUGUAGGUUAGUGGAACAGCUGAGAGCGAAGAGACAUCGUUGCGCAUCUUUAAAAAAACGUGUAAUCGUUUUCUGACACGGAUGGACUUUGUCUGCCUUUAAUCUAAAUAGGGACGGAUCAAUUGGACAAUCUGCAGAGCAAACAGACCAGAAUAAGGUGCUCACCAGUGUUAUUGUGUUGCCAUGGAGAAGGCUUGGAGGGUGGAGUUUAGGAACGUGGGUAGUAGCUACUUCCCUCAGAGCCGCGUGGAAUGCCACUACAGCAUCAGCUCGCAACAUACCUGGGCCAGCCAUGACUGGGUCGGGCUCUUCAAGGUGGGAUGGUUGUCAGUGAAGGACUACCACACCUUUGUUUGGGCCCUGGCCCCGGAAGGCUACCAGGAGGGCACAGAUGUCAACUGCUGUGUUAACUUCCAGGCCUCCUAUCUGCCCAAGUCCAGUUCCCAGCAGUACCAGUUUGUGUACGUGGAUGGGAAGGGAGAGGUGUGCUCUGCCAGCUCCCAGUUUACCUUCAGCGCCCCUAAACCUUUGGAGGACCUGGUCACCCUGGAGGAAGGAGCCCACGGAGAGGAGGGGGGGACCGACAUGCUUCUGGUCGUACCCAGGGCCGAGCUACUGCAGAGUCGCCUGCAAGAGUGUCUUCGGGAGCGAGCCGAGCUGCUCCAUGCACGGGAGUCAGCCGAGAGGAUGAAGGAGAGAGAGAGGGAGAAGUACAGGAGGGCAAGAGAGGCGUGGGACAGAGGCUGUGAGGAGCUGGAGAGGAACAUCGCAGACCUGAAGGAAGAGCUGCGAGAAAGCAGAGACAGGGUGGAAGAGAUGGAGAGGAGGCAGGAGGAGGUGGAGGCAUCAGGAGAGGCCUUGGCUCAAGAGAAGAGCUCCAUACUGACUAUGAAAGCAGCCAGCGAACAGCGAAUCAGAGAGCUGGAGGAUGACAUUAAAGCCCUGGCACUGAAGGCUUUGGAACGAGAGACUGAACUGGAGAGGAUGAAGGAGAGGGCCAAGAAGCAAGCAGUUCAAAGGAGGGAGGAGGAGAAAGAGAGGAAAGUUCUGCAGCUCAAGCUGGAGCAGUCCGAGGGGGAGCUGCGCAGUCUGUCUGCUGAGUUCCAGGGUCUGAGGAGCUCCCUGGCCCAGAGAGACACACACGCCCUACAGCUACGUGACACCAUCACCACCCUCACAUACAGGCUGAGUACGGCGCAGCGGAAAGAGGCGGAGAGCGAGGCCGCCCUGGCUGAGAUGCGGGGCCUGCGGGAGCGUCUGGGGGCCAGCGAGCGUUGUGCCGAGGGCCUGAAGGGAGAGCUGUGUGCCCUGGUGGCCCAGAGGGACCAGGGCCAGACAGAGCUGCACCAGGCCAGGCUCCAAGCGGCACAGCUCACCCUGCAGCUAGCCGACGCCAGCCUGGCCCUGAGGGAGGCCAGAGCACACUGGGCCCAGGAGAGACAGAGCCUGCAGUGCAGCACUGAGAAGGCCAGAGAGCGUCUGGAGAAGCUGAAUGGAGAGACGCAGCGGAUAGAGAAGAAGCUCCAGGAGGAGAGGAUGGAGAGAGAGAAGGUGGAAGUGGAGCUGGGAAGAGAGAAGGACUGUAACCGGGUGCAGCUGGGUGAGACAUGCAGGGAGCUCCAGGAGCUGAAGGCCAGUCUGAGGGUGGCCCAGAAGGAGAAGGAGCAGCUGCUACUGGAGCAACAGGACCUGAUGGAGUACAUGGGUCAGGUGGAACAGAGGAGGGAGGCUUUGGCAGAUGCCAAGUGGAGCGCUGCGGUGUUCGCCUCCACCAGCCUCCAUGACAGUCUUCUGUCUGACUCUGAGGAUGAGAACCCUGAGGCCCUGCAGCCCUCCCGCCAACCCUGCAGGCAGCCCCCCCCCUCCUCCCGCCCCCUUGCCCACUACAGCCUGUGUGACCCCCAGGCCCAGCCUGACUCCCUGCUCCCUCCACCCCCUUCCUCCCCCAGAGACAUGUCCCGGUCCCUGUCCCGAGGGGGCGUCGUCAUCAGCCAGCCCGCUCCCCUGUUGUUGCCCAGGCAAUCGGGCGGAGACACCCUAACACACAGCUCUGAGUCGGAGGAGGAGAAUAACACCGACCAGUGCGGAGGACACAGCUCUGGAGAGGAGGCAGCCCUGCUGCUGCCUGAGACCACAGACACAGUCCUCAGUGACCUGGCUAAUACCUCUCAGUGGUAGAGAGCGGAGAUACAGGACCAAGUCAACAGCAUCACUGUCAGUGUGUUCUUUACUUUUAAUUCAGUAUUCAGCGCACACACACACACACACAAACACACUACAACUCACCUCUCUGACAAAUGAUGUUAAUAUGCAAUUUGCUUCCACAUUUUUCUAUAAACCUCUUCUUUGAUGUGUGACUUCUAGGCUGUUGUGCUGCACCUGCACAUAACAUGGUCCUAAGGAUGACAUAAUGCCUGUCAUUAACAGGUCGUGACGGCUCAAAUCAUAGUUACGGCCUCUCGUGGUCGUUCUAAAGCGUGAAACGCUUCAACAUUUAAGUCUUAGUUAGAUGUUUAAUAGUUCAUGUUUCAUAACAGGGUUAUUUCAGUUGCAGGAGGAGUGAUGUUGGGAGCUUUACGACCUGCGUUAUGUCAUUUUUAUGACGCCGUUAUUAUGAGGCAUCAUGACAGCCACUGUAAUUAAGAUAUUUUGAGUGAAUGUAUCCGUCUCCUUUUUAAAAUCUAGAAGGUGAUUUGAACACUUUCCUUCGGUGCCGACAACUUUAAACACUUCAGACUACUGUAAUAAUAGUCAUUAAGACGUACUUAGACUUUUGUUUGAAGAAUCAUUGUAAAGUACAGAUAUGUAUAAUGUUUUUCCUCCUUAUAUUCAAAACCUGAGAUGUUAUAUUAUAAGCAUUUUCUGUUAUUCAUUAUUAGACAUUUAAAUUCCUGCUUUAUUAGGGGUGCUGUAGUACUAGUUGAAAGGAGACUCAAAGGUAGAGAGGCGUCCAAAACGGUUGAAAACGCUUCUGGAGAAGGGUGGCAGUUUGAGAGCAAUCAAGUUGGGGAGGGCAAUCAUGUUAGGGAGGGCAAUCAGGUUGGGGAGGGCGAUCAGGUUGGGGAGGGCAACCAGGUUGAAGGUAGACUGGAAGAGACACUCAAGAAAGGUGGUUGCUACUAAUUAGGGCGCGAGGAAUGACAUUUUGAUGUUCUCUCAUGUUUGUUUUGUUGCACAAUAUAUUUGACUUCCAAUAUUCUAUCCUCCGCAACAUACAGCUAUUGCUCCUGCAUGCUGUAGAGCCACUGCAAUACUUUCGUACUUGAUACCAGAUGUCAAUCUUAAAGCGGGGUGUUGUUUUAAAGCAAAGAAUAAUGUGUGUUUAGAACGUCCCAGAAGAUCAUCAGCUAGAUUCACUGUGCGCGGUAUACAGAAACGACCUGCUUCAGAGGGACGAAGCCAUUCUAAAUUUGUACCUAAAAGAACAAAUUGGUAAACGAAGGAAUUUCAUCAUAACAUCAUCUAAUUUAUGGACACCGACGUUGCAAUACUUGUUAUGGGGUGUUGUUCCUAUAGCUCAUGGAAGUCUGGCCUGGACUAGAUUACUACUGGGUCAAGAAAUACAUUUUUCACGAUUUUCUACCAAUACUCCGCUUGUGUGAUAUCGUAAUGAAAUGAUAUGAAGUUUUAGUUUAAGCUACAGAGUUGAUACGUGUAAUAAGAAGAACAUACUAAAGCCAGGGUUCAUCCUGUCUGUGUCAUCUCGUCUCUCAUCCAUAAUCAUUACCAUCGUGUGUUGUAUUUCUUCUUCGUUUUUUUUUAAAGACUCGUUUCUUUUUCUUUCCCCCUGAUUUUUCUGUCUUGAGGGUCAAUUGAACUGUAUUAUCUAUCACGACUGUCCCGGUAAGGGUUGAAGAGUUCGUCCAAAGGGUCGAGGUGUCGGUGCCACUAUACAGGACAACAGUUUGCUCACACAUGGGUUGUAAAAGCCAUAGUGAAAAGUGUGACGUCUGUAAACAUACAACCCAGUCCGUCAUAAUAACAACUUUGUCAGCACUGACGGACAUCCCUGCUCAGUUGAAGGCUGUGCUUCAAUAGGUUUUGGAGUACCUUCAUCUCUGCACCUGUUGAGCGAUACCUGCGGCGUAGUUUAGUACUACACAUCUGUUUGCCACCCCGGGUGUGAGUGAUUCUGACGUCCUGGCAUGUGCACCAAACGUUCCGUAGCACUGAGAUCGACUGGGUGUUUUGUCGUCGUCAGAUCUAGAUUUCCGUGGGAAGUUCUAUGUCUACUGUGAGCUACGUGGGUGUGUAGUGUAACUUCUAUUCAGGACAGCUGCCUACUCCCAUUGCAAUAAGGCUCCCAGUGGUUUUCUGGUGUGUAUGUUUGUUUGUUGAGGUCAUCUUACUUAUGAAAAAGAAAAAAAAAAAAAAAAAAGUAGUUAUUGGUAAAUACUAUAUACUGUCUGUUCGUGUGGGUGGGUUUCUGUAAUAAAAUAAACAUGUAUGUGUAUCAA